AUGAAUGUCGACCUUCUUCCAGACAUAUGCUUGGAGAUUUCAAGUUGGUUAUCCCUAAGAGAGGUAGCGAGACUGGGCGAGUGCAGCAAGGCCUACCACCGCAAAUGGGAGCCCUUCCUGCUUGCUACGCCCGCCUCCCGACAGAAACUGAUGUUCUAUGGUGUCUCUCACGGGGAGAGAUGGGCUCUUGCCAAAGCCAUCUCAUACGGCCGCUUCCCCACCUACGAGGACCUGGAGUACGCAGUCGAGUACAUCCUUGAGCAGGACGCGGCAGCUUUCGCCGAGUUCCUAGUCACUUACGAACCUUUCCGACAAUUACUGACCGUAUUCGAUCCAUUGACGGCGCCGCCCUACAAGCGCAACCUGCAAGUCAGCUAUCGGAACCACCUGCCAAUGCUUUCUGCCGCAAUGCGCAUGGCUCAGACUGGAGAGACAGGCAUCGUCGAUAUGCUCUUGACAUCUCGAUUGGGAAUCAACCGGCCACUCGUUGCAGACCUCCAGGUCCUCGAAGAGUCCGUAGAGGGACACUAUAUGAUCACCCCCGUGUGGGCCUACGUGCUCGCCGACUUCAGCGAGAGGCAGCAGACCGGACCCCUUUCUGCCUCAGAAGGACUCCAAUACCUGUUUCACCAUGGUGCUGUCAUUCGGGCAACGACCCAGCUUCGCAUGAAAUCCGAGAAGCCCCCUCCAUCGCUGCUCGAGAUGUUCUGGGCCAAGAACAACGGGUUCGCGACGCUGCUGAACGAUGAUCUAUAUGGCAUGAUUAGAAUCCUCAUCCGCAAGCAAGCAGUGAGAGGGGCGGUGCAUUCCUUCCUCCUCUGGAAAGACAAUGUAUCGGGGCUGGACCCGGGAUUUCUGGUGCAGCGGAUGGUCCCACACCCACGGCUUGUGCCCUCCCCGGAGCAGAAGCAGGUCAUCGUACACCGCUGGAACGCCAUCUUGGACCUUCUCCUGACGCCGAGAAAUGUUGAUAUUGGUUUCCAGGAAGAGCUAAAUGACAUGCUCUUCCUCUUCCUGAUGAAUGUCGUGAAAAAGGCUGCCAGCGAGGACUUUCGGGAAGCCCAGAACAAAGCUCCCGAUACGCAUUUGAUAGCUUCAGCCAUUGACAUGUUCGGCCCGGGUCCCGGCCUACCCGAGGAAUUGGACCCCGUGACCAUCAGGAAGCUCAUCGAGAAGGGCGCGGACAUCAGAUGGCGGCCGCCGUGGGGCGAGUACAAGGGCCGGUCCAUCCUGGAAGCCAUAGCCAUUACCCAGACCCAGCACCACGACUACCUUCUGGCGAAUGUGCGGCCGACCCGGCAGCACUCGUUUGUCAACACUCUGCUCGGCCUCGGUGCAGAGCGAGUCGAUACGACCACGCCGAACUUGCGCGGGCGGCUGGGCAUGAGGGGCCACCCCAGAGGAUGGUUCCGUUUUGUGCAGGGAAAAGUCCGGGAGGAAGACGCUCUGCUGUGGUGCCCAACUGCCGGUUUCCUGCUUGGCUACCGUCCUGCGGCGAUGCCUUUGGGUGAGGCAGAGGAGGGCGUGGUUACGGCAUAG